CCGAGAGGAAGGAUCUGCUCAGCGGCUCUGCGGGCUGAAGAUGGCGGACGGAGAGAGCAGUCUCGGAACGGGCUUUUCAAGCGCCUCCGAAAUGGACGAACCUGCAGCGAAAAGGUCGAAAAUCAGUCCGGGAACCCACUACGGAUUCAGAGUCGCCGACGCAGAUAAAUUCUCGUGCGUCUCUGCGGACACAGAGCACUGGGAGGCGGCGGUAAAUUGUGCGCAGCCAGCGGAGAAGGAAGCAAAGCCGGUGAUGGCGGUAGAGCAGGCCCCAGCAGCGCUAGGCGGAGACAACAAUGGACUGGGACUGCUGGUCUGCGAGCCGCACAAAUCAGUUGUGAGGCUAGACGAUAGCGCUGUACUUGGGACAACCGAGGAGAAUGCUGAUUUUCUUGAACACGAUGAGCUCCCAUCCAACGGUCUGGCUGUCACACCGGACCACAUCAACGAGGAAGAUGACAGAUCCUCACACGCCAGCUCCAGCGACUGGACUCCUCAGCCGCAAAUAGGUUCCUACAGCUUCAUCCAGCAACACAUCAGAGAGACCGAUCCAAGGACGAUUCUGAGGGAUUUGCUGCCUGAGACUGUACUCCCACCAGAUUUAGAUGACAUGACAUUGUGGCAGAUCAUCAUCAACAUCUCAGAACCUCCAAAAAGAAAGAAGCGGAAGGACAUAAACACCUUAGAAGAUGUGGUUAGGCUACUCCAUGAAAGUAAAAGGAUACUAGUGCUGACUGGUGCUGGGGUGUCCGUUUCAUGUGGAAUACCAGACUUUCGCUCCAGAGAUGGAAUUUAUGCACGGCUCGCUGUAGAUUUUCCUGAUCUUCCAGACCCUCAAGCUAUGUUUGACAUUGAAUACUUCAGACGGGACCCAAGACCCUUUUUCAAGUUUGCUAAGGAGAUCUACCCUGGUCAGUUCCAGCCUUCACCGUGUCACAAAUUCAUAUCUAUGCUGGAUAAACAAGGGAAGCUACUGCGCAAUUACACACAAAACAUUGAUACAUUAGAACAAGUGGCUGGAGUUCAGCGAAUUAUCCAGUGUCAUGGGUCAUUCGCAACUGCAUCCUGCCUCGUCUGUAAACACAAAGUGGAUUGUGAGGCUGUAAGGGAAGACAUCUUUAACCAGGUUGUCCCUCGGUGUCCACGUUGUCCAGAUAUUCCCCUGGCAAUCAUGAAACCAGACAUCGUCUUCUUUGGAGAGAAUCUUCCAGAAAUGUUCCACAGAGCCAUGAAGCAGGAUAAAGAUGAGGUGGACCUCCUGAUUGUCAUUGGCUCUUCUCUUAAAGUCCGACCAGUAGCCCUCAUCCCAAACUCCAUUCCUCAUGAAGUGCCUCAGGUCCUGAUCAAUAGGGAGCAGCUGCCUCACCUCAACUUCGACGUGGAGCUACUCGGGGACUGUGACGUCAUUAUCAAUGAGCUCUGUCACCGGUUGGGCGGAGACUUUGAGCAGCUCUGCUACAACACUGUAAGACUAACUGAGACCACAGAGAAACCCCCUCGGUUACCAGAACAGCCACCAAGCGAGGCCUUGCCUGCUUCCAGCGACGCAGCUCAGGAGGAGCAGAAGCAGCACAGUACAGACUCAGUAAUUAAGCCUUCAGAGGAGACAGAAAGUCUGAAUGUCACAGAGACUGCUGGUAAUAGUGUUACACCUCCAGAGCCUUGUCCAAAUGCUCAGUGUCCCAGUGAAGAGACGGCUGAGCCUUCAGAGUUACCAGCAGAAGACGCACCUAAAGAGGGGGCUGCUGAAGCAAAGAACCAAUCCAGCCUUGAAUUUCGUAGACGGUGCUGGAUGAGUCGGAUCAACAGAAGUCCAAUCAGCAAACGCCUUGAGAGCCAGUACCUGUUUCAAGCACCGAAUCACUAUAUCUUCCACGGGGCUGAGGUUUACUCUGAUUCUGAAGAUGAGACGUCGAGCUCCUGUGGCAGUGACAGUGAGGAGUCUGAAUGCAGUGCAGAUGGGGUGGAGGACGACAGCGAGCCAGAGGAAGCUGAGGCACUAGCAGCGGAUGGAGAGACAUGCCUCAGAGACACAAUACAAUACACUUUAGACAAUGAGGCCACAUCAAGUGUGCAGACAGACAAUAUUUCUGACAAGACUCAGAGCACCACACACCUUUAAAUGUAAAGUACCCUGUCAACAAAGCACUAAUUGUCUUUAUAUAUAUAUAUAUACAAAUACAUAUAUAUGUAUGUAUAUGUAUAUAUAUGUAUACAUAUAUAUGUUUCGUAUAUUUUUGACUCAUCAACCUUACUAUUAUUUUUCAUAAAGUUGAAAUUGCGUGACAACUUUGUGUGAAUAUGCAUCAAAUUUUUUUUCCCCCCCGUUUUUUUUUUUCUGUGCCCAGUUUGGUCACAUGCAUUGUGUCUGAAACCUCAUACUGUAUGCUGUUUACUAAAUAUAAUGCAGUAGUUGGGGUUUUUUUUCUUCUUUUUUUUUAGGAUUUCUUUCCAUCUGCUAAUUUGAUUUUUUUUUCCCCAUUCACAUUUUCAGAAACUUAGCUGAUGCUCUCAUCUACUGCGGCGUACCACAAAUGCAACACUAGAUUAAGCUUUAAUUCCUAGGUCACAGUUAUUACAAGCAAGGGUUUCAAAUGUCAAUCUCAGUCCAUAAUGUAGUGUCAGCUGUGAUCCAAUGGUGUGUUUCAGAGUUGGUUCAUGUUACCACUGGGAAACAUGUAAAUAUCUAAGCCUACUGCCUGCUAAAUAGUGGGUACUAUGAGUUUCAGACACAUACAUAAAUCUUCAGAUGGUUUACUUGAAGGUAACUUGCAAUAUAAAAGGUUCAGCUCUGCUCUUUCAUGAGGACAAAUGCUGGGAAAAAAAAGGAACAGUACUCUUUAAUUUUAGACCAAAGAACACUUUAUCAACACGCUCCUAUGUUGUCAUAAGCUUUGUUUAACCUGUCAUUUAAAUCUUGGAAAAAAAUAUAACUAUUGACAAGGUGUUCCUUCUGACAUGUGGCAGCUACUUUUUAUGGUCAAGCCUCUUAUUUUUAUACUCUGAUGUGAGACAUACUCAUCGAAGAGUAGACGAUUUUAUCUGUACAAGUGAGUUGUAAUGUUAAGCCUUAGGAAUAUAUUCAAUGAGUUCACAUUGAGAAACGGCACUUUUUUUUCCCCUUCUUAUAAAACCGGUUUUGUUGCUUAUGUCACCUUUUCAUAGAAUAUAAAGUUAAAACGGUUUCCUUUGUCACACCGAGGAGCCUGCUGCCUGUAAAAACAAAGUGUUGGUAGAUAGACAUAUUUGAGCCAAUGUGAUGGAUAAAUGUCUACACCAACAUAAUUCACAUGCCAUUUACAAGGUAAUGUUUUGUUUACGGUUUAAGGAAAUAAGAAAUUUUUACAUCAUUAUAGUUGUUAUUGCUCCUGGGGUUCUCAGUAAAAACAAUGAUGAAAAACA